GCAAGAUGAAAUUGUUCCUAGUUGUGUUGACUGUUGACUGUGAUCAGCUGUGUUACGUGGUGUGAGUACUGUGUUGUGGGACAAAAUGUGGGCUGAUACGUUGUUGAUACUUUUCAUAUCGGUAUGCACAGCGUUGUUGGGAGAAGGUCUUACAUGGCUAAUGGUAUACAGAACAGAAAAAUAUCAGAAACUAAAAGCUGAAGUAGAGAGACAGAGUAAAAGAUUGGAGAAACGCAAAGAGGCACAUGGUGACUCUUUUGAUAAACAACACAAGAAGAAAAUAGAAAGAGAAGAAGAGAAACUGAAGAACAAUAAUAGAGAUCUGUCAUUAGUGAAAAUGAAAUCAGUUUUUGCAAUUGGUUUUGCCUUCACUGCUCUUUUGAGCAUGUUUAAUAGUAUCUUUGAUGGAAGAGUUGUUGCAAGAUUACCUUUUGUUCCAAUUUCUUGGAUCCAAGGACUGUCUCACAGGAAUCUGCCUGGAGAUGAUUACACAGAAUGUUCCUUUAUCUUCUUGUACAUUCUUUGUACAAUGUCUAUUAGACAGAACAUCCAGAAGCUGCUUGGGUUUGCUCCUUCUAGAACAGCAAGCAAGCAAAGUGGUGGCCUCUUUGGACCACCACCUCAACAGUUCAAAUAGUUUUCUGGACUUUAGCAUUU